GGAGUGACCUACCCAGCCUGUCAUGGCAUCUGGAGUAAGUGGGCCCCACCACUGGAGAGGAGCCGCCUGGCCACCACCUCAUUCUGUGGAUCCUAUGCCGGCUGCUUUGGGAUGUUCUGGUACAUGUUCUGGAUCCUGGUGUCCUAUGAGAGCCCAGAGGUUCACCCCACCAUCACCGCCGAGGAGAGACGUUACAUCGAGGAGAGCAUCGGAGAGGGUCAAGAACUCUUCGGUCCUGCUAGCAAAUACAAGACUCCAUGGAGGAAGUUCUUCACCUCAAUGCCCGUCUAUGCUAUCAUCGUGGCCAACUUCUGCAGGAGCUGGACUUUCUACCUGCUCCUCAUCAGCCAGCCGGCCUACUUCGAGGAGGUGUUCGGCUUCGAGAUCAGCAAGGUGGGCAUGGUGUCGGCCCUGCCUCACUUGGUGAUGACCAUCAUCGUGCCCAUCGGAGGACAGCUGGCUGACUGGCUACGCACCAGAAACAUCCUGUCUACUACCACCGUCAGGAAGAUCAUGAACUGUGGAG